AUGUCAAAAUUAGAUAUUAAAAAACAAUUACAAACAACCUUUGAAAAUAAUACAUUAAUAAAUACAAUUAUAACUUCUUCAAUCAAUAAUGAUAAUCAAAUACUUUCAACUAUAAUUAAUAAUAAUAAUAAUAAAAAUGAAAAUAAAAAUGAAAAUGAAAAUGAAAAUGAAAUUAUUACAACCAUUGAAAAAUUAAAUGAAAUUUUAAAAUUUAAUGACCAACAAAUAUAUGAUAAUGGAGAUGAUUUUAUUAUUGAUAGGGAUACAAUCAAAAUUAUUAAACAAUAUCAACAAUCAUUAAUAGUAUUAAAUAAUAAUAAUAAUAUCAAUAAUUCAAAUAAAUUAAAUGAAUACGAUAAUCAAAUCAUUCAUUUCAAUAAUCAAAUAAUUGAUGAUAUUAAAAAUAAUUUAAAAUCAAUUUAUUCCCUAAAUAAAAGUAAUGAUAGAUUCAAAAUAGAAAUCGAUAAAAAUAACAAUGAAUUUAUUAAGUAUAGACUUUCAUGGGGAGAUAAUAAGGAUUGUAUAGCAUUCAAAGACAAUUGUGAUAUUUUAUCAAAAUUAAAAAAAAAUCAAUUACCAUCAAGUGUAAUGCUCUUAGAUGGAUUCAAUCAAAUAUUAACACCAGGUAUAUUACCAGAUGGUGUUGAAUCGUUGUAUUUAUAUGAUAUUAAACAAGAAUUAAUGAUUGGUUCAAUUCCUAAUACUGUAACGAGUGUCUGUUUUGAAGAUGGAUUCAAUCAAAAAUUAACACCAGGUAUAUUACCAGAUAGCGUUAAAUGGUUGUAUAUAGGUAAUAUUAAAAAAGAAUUAAUAAUUGGUUCAAUUCCUAAUACUGUAACUCAUGUCCAUUUAUUUGAUGGAUUCAAUCAAAAAUUAACACCAGGUAUAUUACCAGAUAGUGUUGAAUCGUUGUAUUUAUAUGAUAUUAAACAACAACUAAUAAUUGAUUCAAUUCCUAAUACUGUAAACAUUGUAAGAAAUUAUAUUUCAUCUUAA